AUUAUUAACUGUGCUAUAAUUUAUGGCAUAAAUCACAUCAAAAGCUUUGCUACCAUGGCAACGGACAGCCGAAAACGAAGUCAAGAUGGCGGUCUCAAUUUGUUCAAAACAAUGACAGAAAUGUUCAAUUUACGCUCACUUGCUGUGAAAAUCUAGAUGUUUUGGCGAGGAAUUUCUGAGCAGAAAUACUUGCCAAGGAUUUCGCUAUGGAAAAUGGCGGAGAAAUAAAAACUAUGGAUGAUUUAGACGAUGAAACGCUACAAGUAUUGUAUACUUGGAUCGACGAGAUUCCUUUGUCAAGACCAAAGCGAAAUAUAGCGCGUGAUUUUAGUGAUGGAGGUAGUGUGAGGUUUAUAUGGAAUAUGGGAAUACUUCAGUUUACCGUAUCCGAGUGAUUAUUCAAUACAUGUACUAUCAAAAACACAACAUACCACAAUAUGCUGAAUAUAAACAAACUUUAGGGAUGGCAACUACAGUACCCGAAUUUCUGAAAAAUAUAAGGAGAAUUUCGACGUUUCGAGCGAAGAAAAUUCUCCUUAUAUUUUUUGGGUAAUUGCAUCCCUAAAAGUAAUUGCAUCCCGCUUGUUGAUAUUAUUUGCACUAUCUGCACUGGCUCAGCAUGUCGCACAACCACAGACAGUUGGGUAUAUAAAUCACUCUACCAAAACAUGCCAUCAAAUAUUUGUUUUCUCGUGCUAAGUACCCAUUCAGAUUAAACUUGCUGAGGUUUUAAAUAAUUGGGUUUGUCAGUGAUAGAACCACAGAUUAACUAAAGACAAACAGGUCCGUCAGUAAUGUCUUGACAAAUAGAUGGUUUAUAGCACUAUUUUCCAUCCAGCAAACCGCCCUAUCGAUUUUCUAAAGUCGUUUCUUUUUGGAUUUUUUAUUAAUUCGGUUAGGGUUAGAGUUAGGGUUGCAGUUAGAGUAGGGUUUGGGUCAGUUACAUAGCCAUUCAACACCUCUUCCAUCUUCCGAAAAUGACGUCAGGUCAGUUUGCUGGAUGGAAAAUAGUGCUAACCCAAAUGGUUAUGCGGUUGUUCACCCGACACCAGAAGUCCAGAACUUUAGGUUCUAUGGCUGGCUAUUUAUCUGACAUGCGUACAUACAAUAUUCAUGUUUAUGGACAAUAAAUUUUUUAUUAACCUGUCCUGGACUCCUACUCUAACUAUAUUUCUUACGCUAACCGUUCUACACAUUCGCAGGUAGAAGAACUACACAUACACUUGAAAUUCCACUCCCAGAUUUGAUCCGGAUGAUAGCGUAUGCAAAGCCAAGUGCCUUUACCACUCUACUACAGAGGAAUUGCUUGAAAUCAACUAAAAUCUAUUUGGUAUCAUUUCAGCAUGUUUAAAGAACGAGGAAAACACUUUUGUUGAAUCUAUAGCCAUAUACAGUAACUUAAAGUUCAGGUGUCGGAACAAUAACCACAGCCUAAUUAAUAUUGACAACAGAAAUUAAAAUUAAUACAAGUUUAAAUUGAUUAUAGUUUUAGUGGCAGAAAUAGUAAGUCACUUCUUACCCAAGCUGGUUGAAAUACAUAACUAUUCCGCUGCAAACUCAAUCACACAGAAGAAGGACAAUUGGAGUACCUUGCAAAGUAAAGUGAAAAGUUAUAUAAUGAUAACAAAAAUAAUUAAUGGCUUAACACUUUAAGUGGCAAUGUGCCCAGAUGUACCCUACUAAAUUAAUAAUUACUAUUAAUUAAUUAUACAUUUACUCUUUCUAAUGCCAGAUGAGUUUACUUGUCAGGAGAUUAAGUGGCAAUGUGCCCUAUUAUUUUAUUCUGUCUUAUGCCAGAUAAGUUUACUUGUCAGGAGGAGAGUGCUGCCACUCAAUGGGGUAAUCAGACUAUCGCCCAGGAACCCUGUUAACCCUUUAAGAGUCAAUGCACCCAGAUGCACCCUAAUUUAUUAUUUUACCAUGUCUAACACCAGACAAUUUUACUUGUCAUGGGGAGAGUGCUGCCACUCAAUGGGUUAAGCAUUAUGACACAGUGCCAUGGUACUGUAUUGAUUUGAAAAACAGUAAAUUACUGUAAUUGUUAGGAAAAGUUCUGGGUCGAUUAGAAUAUAAAGUUUCCGAUGACUUGUUGGAUGGUGUUUGCAAGUGCCAAUCUGGUGCAAUUGAAGUGUUCCUAAUAAAUCUAAGAAAUAAGGUAAAUUAUGCAUAUUAUUAAGUAAUUUCUAACUCUUGAAGGAUUUAUAGGAAAUGUUUCAAGGAAUUAACUCUGAGGAAACUAUGGACUGGCUGCAUACCCUAGCUAACACGCCCUACACUAUUAUUUUAAUAAAUCUAACAGUGGGUUCAACUUAUUGGAACUCAGUGACAAUUAGUUGAGGAACUGAAUGGAUGUAUUUGGGUACCGGUAUUAAGCUGCACCCUGCCAGUGAGUGUUUGAAUACAUACUGUACACUGGCUGAGUAUUAAAUAAUUAAUACAUACACUGACUGAGUGUUUUUCCUUUUUGUAGAUUGAUAAAUAUAUAGCUAAGAAAAAAGCUGCAGCAUUACGAAAGCAACAUCAGGUUUAUGACGAGUUUUCACCUGACCCAGUGUCGGAUACUUCCUCAUAUCAGACCAUAGACGGUACGUACAUGACACAAUCAUUAAUUAUAAUUCAUUAGACUUACCACAAGUGACAAGUCAACUCGCAUUGUAAUUAAUAAAAUGAGUGAGCAAAUAAAAUGAAUGGGACUCCCCAUUGGUAACAUCCUGAUCCAACACUUUGACAAACGCAAGAACUCCCUUUACAAAUGGCAGAACUUGGUUUUCAAAUGCCAGAAGUACCUUUUCAAAUGCCAGAACACCCUUUUCAAAUGCCAGAACUCCCUUUUUCAAAUGGCAGAACUCCCUUUUCAAAUGGCAGAACUCCCUUUUCAAAUGGCAGAACUCACUUUUCAAAUGCCAGAACACCCUUUUCAAAUGCCCGAAGUACCUUAAGUUUGCAAAUGCCAGAACUUGGUUUUUAAAUGCCAGAACUUGAUUUUCAAAUGCCAGAAGUACCAUUUCAAAUGCCAGAACUCCCUUUUCAAAUGGCAGAACUCACUUUUCAAAUGCCAGAACACCCUUUUCAAAUGCCCGAAGUACCUUUACAAAUGCCCGAAGUACCUUUACAAAUGCCAGAACUCCCUUUACAAAUGCCAGAACUCCCUUUUCAAAUGCCAGAACACCGUUUUCAAGUGCCAGAAGUACCUUAGUUUACAAAUGCCAGAACUCCCUUUUCAAGUGGCAGAACUUGGUUUUCAAACGCCAGAAUUCCGUUUUCAAAGUUUUAACCUGAGAAAUUUGAGCUCAACUGCACACAGCUGUAGCAAGAUUGACCAAAAUCAAAACUUUAAAAAUCCUUUGAGGUCAUACUGUAACAUCUAUUCCUAGCCUCUCUCAACAUAGAUGAUUUAAGAAACAAUUAAUUAUAAAAACAUAUGGAUAAUACAAAACCUAAACUUCUAAAAUUUAACAGUCUAAAACUCCAUAUUGAAUUACAAAAAAAAUACAUAGUAAAAACCAAUAUUUAAUUAGUGUUUUGAAAGGACACUUUUAGUGCAAGUACUUUGAAACUUAAUUAAUGUAAAUUACAAAAUUAGGACUUUACUGGGAUUUCAAAGUCCACAUGCAUUAAUAAGGCACUUUGCCCGAAGUAUUUAUAAACUUUCUACUUAUAUAAUUAUUUUGGUUAGGUGGUGGUGAUUAUACUGCAUAUGGGUAUGCCUUCAAUGCAGUACCUCAACAACAAAUGGCAGACAGUUCCUAUGCUAUGCAUACAAAUCAUCAAGAGGUUUGUUUAAUUAAAAAAAUAUUGUAGUGUAGUUAACCCUUUAAGCGAAUGUUUCCUCUAUUCCAUCUCCUUCUUCGGUUAUACCAGCAGGGACCGGUUGUUCAAAGCUGGGUUAGUUUAACCCUGGGUUAAACUAAAAUUCAAAGCCAACUUCCUGACAGCUUGUCCAUAAAUUUGGAAACAUUUCUUCAGAGAUCUUGUCUGGAUCGAUAGGAGUUCACUUUUCUGAAGUUUUGAAAUAAACACACGUGCAGAAAUACAUAAACUAAAACAGCAGGUUAAAUUUUAACCCAGGGUUAGCACUAACCCACAUUUGAACAACCAGCCCCAGUUCUUUAAGGCAGCGUACUUUUAAUUUUUCUGCUUUAGUUAUAGGACAAUUUCUUGUUCAGUGACAUUGAAUUAAUUAAAGGCAUCUAUGCAUUUUUUGUUAGCACUACCAAGCAAGUCCAUACAAUCAAACAUCGUCUCAUCCGGAGUUCAACCAGCCUCACAUGAAUGGACCAAAGGUUGGUCAGAACAGUCGCAAAAGGGAAUCUGGUAACGAUGGUAAACCAUCGCUUGGUAAAAGAACAUCACACGUAGGGUAGGUUGAUUGAGAAGAUCUUUGUCUAAUGGUGCAUGUGAACACCAAACGAAAAUGGAAAUAUGAAACUAUAGAAAGGCACAGCAUACCCCGGCCAGCAAAUCAACUGUCGUGCAUAAAUUAUAGCCCAGGAAAGCAAGACAAACCUUUUCAGGGUUCGUAGCGGUCUUUGAAAUCCUUGAAAGUCUUUAAAUUGGAAUGCAGGUCUUUAAGGUCUUUGAAAAAUCUUUAAAUUGUGUGAAAAAGCGAAGAAAGUCUUUAAAAGUCUUUAAAUUCUUUAGCGAGGAAUUGAUUAUACGAUUUCUUAGGUAAUAAAAUAGAUUGAUUGAAUCAAGAUUUUCGCAAAUAUCGACGAAAAUGCGCAUUUGAGGAUGUGAUUUGACGGGACUAAUUACUGGGUAAAAAUGGUACUUACACUAGCAAUUUUUCGACAGCUGAUUGCUCUCAAAGGUCUUUGAAAAGUCUUUGAAAAUAGGCAGAAAAAAUCUUUGAAAGUCUUUGAAUUUUUUUGGUCUUGGAGACUACGAACCCUGCUUGUGCUAAUGUCUCAUCCAAUUUUUGACCAAAACUAACAAUUUUAAUGACUUUAUUUUAAAGGCAGCAACAUCAUGAAAAGAAUUCUCAUCAGUCUGUAGACAGUCCUCAAAAUAUUCGACUACUACUUGAAGAAAAGGAGCAAUCAUUGUUGGCCUCGCAAGAAACGAUACAGGUGCUUGAUUACUUGCCAGUAUACUAGCUUUUGAACAAGUGUACAAAUUUGCUUGUCUGUAACUGACUUUGUGGCAUUCAUUUGUACAAUAAUUUGUAUUCCUUUCUAGAUUCUCCAAGUCAAAGUGCGAAGACUGGAACAUCUCUUGCAUCUCAAGGACAUACGCAUAGAAGAUCUUACACGAAGGCUUCAGCAGGCCACCCAACCCCCUCCUAAACAUCUCCCCCCACAACAUAACCCCCCUAUACCACCUAUCUCAGGGGCUGCAGGCCAACCUCUGCCUAGGAUGCAUUCCACCCCACCAUUACCACCUGUACGAAGUCCUCCUAAAUAUGGUUCGUGAGGAAGUCUAUACCAAGGCAGCUCAUAUAGCCUUGCAUUGCAAUGUUGAGACCCAAGGUCUUUACAGACCUUCUAACUAACAUAUAUGCUACAAUCAAGAAGCAAUAUAAGGCAGAAUAUGCUGCCUUGGUUUAGAAGGAUGUAUCAUUUGCAGGGAUUUAUACAAGCAGUUUGGACUACUGACGUUUUUCCAGAAGAGGAUUGAGUGUUAGUAGGAAGCACUCCUCUGCCCCGAAAAUUUCUUGAUUUUGUCUCUAUAUGAAAUAAAAUUUCCGGCAUUCAGAAAGCAUUUUUGAGCAAAAAUAUAACCGUCAAUAUAAGCCGUGUUGAAGAAUAUACAACGAUCAAGUACUUUCUUCCUAUUACAGUUAAUUAUUCACAUUUGCCACAAUUUCUUCAAUGUACAUAUAUUGUGAAAAAUGUAACUACGGAGAACGUUUGAGAGUUUCAAAACUCAAAUAAAGAUUGGGCUUUUACUACCGUGUAGAAAAGUGCUUGUAAUAAUCCCUGCCAUGUGUUUUUGAAAUCUGUUAUUAUCUUCUCAAGUACAGUAUAUGAUCUUGAUCAGAGUCCGAGAUGGACAAGAAGAACUGAACAAGCAUAACAAACAGAGAGAGUUAAUAUUUAAGUUAAGCAUACCAAGUUAUAUAUUUGAAAAUAGAAUAAUAUAAUGUUGUGGAGCUUUUCAAGGUGCUACUUAAUUGACUUGCUUAGAAAACACAUUAUUUUUAGGUAAUAUAUAAAAAGUAUUUAAGUCGUUCAUACUGUGGGAAUAGUUAUUAAAAUUACUUUAAAGCAUGUAUAUAAUUUAGCUAUUAAAAGUCUGACAAACAAUUGGAACAUG